GCAGGGCAGGUCGAGGUGGGGCAGCAUGGGAGAUUGCAAAUGCGAUUAGGCGUUCAAAAGUGUCACGUGUUCAGAAAGACGUCGCAUCGGGCGCCGAGUGAAGAGGAGAGCUGGGCCCGAAAGAAAUGUCGAGCGGAGCGGAAACAUCGGCCGAUAUGCGCAACGAAGCACGCAAAGCGUGGUCGGCGUGGAACCAGCGGUGGAACGCGAGCGCACGUGGGCUUGUAAACGAGCAGCGUCGAUGUGGCGGUGACGAACACCCGAGUAUCGUCGUGAACGUAUAUACCGGCCAGAACGGACGUCGUACGCAGUGGUGCGCCAGAUGGUGCAGCAGUGGCGCCAGGCGUACAGCCAGCUGCGGUUCGAGCACCAGCGGCAGCGCGACGAGCUCGUGCACCUGGCCAUGCACGAGCGGCUCUCCGAGGACAACGAGAAGCUGCUGCGCCGGGAGAACGGCGCGCUCAAGCAGGCGCUCGCCGAGCAGGCCGACGCGGCCGGGAGGCUCAGGCGGCUGCGCGCCGAGCAUGAGGCACUGCGUGAGGACCUGGACGACGCGCGGGCCUCGCUGUGCGCCGGGUCGCUCGAGCACGAGGCGCGGCAGGCCGAGCUGCGCCGCCAGCUCGACGCCGAGAGCCGGGGUCGACGCGAGGCCCAGCGCCGGCUCGACGCCGAGGCGGCCGCGGCCGCCAAGCUGCGCGAGGAGCUCGAGGCGAGGGGCGCCGAGAACGCGCUGCUGGCCGCCGAGCUCAGGGAGUGCCGCGAGCGGCUCGAGGCGAAGGAACAGGAGUACCGCUGCCAGCUCAUCGCGACCAAGUUGGAACGCGACGAACAGGUCGCGAGGCUCGAGGGUCGCCUGCAGCGCCUCCAGACCUCGGGCCACGACGCCUGCCGCCAGCAGUGCGCCGCGCUGCAGCAGGAAUUGGAGCGAGCGCGCAGCGAGCUCGCCCGACGCCAGGUCGAUCCUGUUCCGGCGGAAGAGCCCAGCGCGUCGUCGCCUUCGCCGUCGUUGCGGAGGGCGGCCGCCGAGGACGCAGGGUCCGCCGAGGGCACGGAAGCGCAGGAACGCGCCGGAAACAGCGUCAAGCAGAAUACGUGGCCAGAGGACUUCGGCAGGUUUUGGCGCGAGGACGUCCAGGGCUGCAGUAGGGGCACGGACUCAGCCGCGGCUCGCACCGCGAGCCGCAGCACGUCCCUCGAGGCAGCGGCAGCGGCAGCACCCGGCGACACCUACGGAAGGCGUGGUGCCGGCGUCCCCGCGUCGUCGUUCGGUCCCGAGAAGAUCUCGAUUCGAGCGAGGGCCGGCGACGAUCGGGGGCCCGUCAGCGACGAAACCGUGGACUCCACCCACUGCAGGGCUCGAAGCGCGCGCGACUUGGUCACGGCCAGCGGGCCCGAACGCUUGGCUGCUGCCGGGUCCCCCGCCGAGGGCGGCGCGGGGUCGAACGCGGCGAGAACCCCUCUGAGGGUGAGCGACAUCAUAAAGAAGGCGGCGGGACGGCGUGGCAGAGGACCGGCCCCCGCGAAAGAGGACGCCGCUCGGCGUCCCGCCCUCGACGUCGGUGCAGACCACGUCGUCAGCGACUCGGACCCGGAGGCGGCGGCGGACGACGACGGUGAAGGCCCAGGUAGCGACCUGGGCGUUAUGAUUCCGGCGACCCCGCCGACUUCGCCGAAGCAGCAGAAGAAGCGGAGGCUGUGCAUCGAGGUCGACGACAUGAUCUUCGUCGACGCCUAGCUAUCAGGCCCUCUGUACAUACCUCUUGCCUAGGGCGAUUGGAUCCUUAGCCGAGAGGCGGUAUCUACUUAGCUCAUUACCGUUAUUGUUUUGCUAUUUAUGUUUGAGACGCCCGUAAGGCUAGCGACCGGCAUUUCGGAACAGAGACGCGAGCAGCACAACAUGGGACCACGUAUUACCUACAUUAUUCUAUACAGCGUAAAAAGCAAUAUUCGUUACUUUAUUUUAUUCACUAUGUUAAUGAUAAUUUAUUGUUUUUAGUGUUUAUUAUUAUUAUCUUUUUUUUUUUUUUUUGCGCAGGCACGUAUACUGUAUUGCCUAAAGUUCAAGCGGGGCAGGCGGCGGCGGCGGCCCAAACACACGUUGGGCUUGCGUUGUGGUAUAAGGUAAACUGACUUUGCGUCCUUACAGACUUCAAAUAAAUGUGCCUCCAUUAAUGUGUCUCGUCCGUCAGAACAGUGAAAUGGCUCAGCCAGACUGUGGUCGUCUUGUUCCGACACGAAAGUAUACACCGAUAUGCAGCUUUACAGCCGCGUCACAUCAACUUCAUAGAACUCCUCACCUCACUGCGA